AGCUCACAAUUCGAUUGGCUGGCAACGCUUAGCUGCGGUAGUAGUAAAAUAAACAUUUAGACUUUAAAAAAUGAAUGCGGCUCGUGCGCUUUUGCGUGUGACGCAAAUCUUACGAAGCAGCAGCCACAGUUACAAACGUGCAGCUGCAACACAAUAUUAUUUGAGUUCGACAUUGGCAAAUCGAGUGGCAGGCAUCAACAGUGCAGAGAAACCAAAACAACAACAGACAUUUCGAUAUUUCAGCAACCAAAACGAAGUCGAUUCUUGUCUGGAUAGCGUAACGUAUGAACGUGUGUGCUCGGAGACAUUGGAUGCAUUGUCGGAUUACUUUGAUGAACUUACCGAAAAUGCCACAGAUGUAGCGGGCACAGAUGUGGGCUAUGGCGAUGGCGUUUUGACUGUGAAUCUGGGCCAGGAUCAUGGCACCUAUGUGAUCAAUCGUCAGACGCCGAAUAAACAAAUCUGGCUUAGUUCACCGACCAGCGGGCCAAAACGCUUCGAUUUUAUUGGUACACCCGGCAAUGGAACAAAUACUGGUAAAUGGAUUUACAAGCAUAGCGGGGAAUCUCUUCACGAGUUGCUGCAAUUGGAAAUUGGCCAAAUAUUUAAGACGCAAAACGUCAAUUUUAUGGAGUUGCCCUAUUGCAGUUGAAAACAUGUUAACUAUUAGAAAUAAACAGUUGUAAGGCAAUAUAAAACAAACUAGUGGGACGAUGCUUGAUUUUCGUGAUUUUCGACCGAUCGGUCCUAUGACAGCUAUAUGAUAUGGGGGUCCGAUUUAAACCCACUUUGGUCAAGAUAUAUAAAACGAAGUUAGAUAAAUAUUGUAUCAGUUUGGUUACUAUAUCU